AUGUGGCCGUUCUCAAACUAUCGAGAGGUCUCCAUAGACUCGCUGAGUGCGAGCUAUGACUUCAUCGUGGUCGGGGGAGGUACAGCAGGCUGCGUUCUUGCCAAUCGUCUCAGCGCAGAUUCGUCAAAAACUGUUUUGCUCGUCGAGCGAGGCCCGCGCGCAGACACUUGGGCAGCCCGUGUCCCCUUGUUUUCCUCAGACUUCGCUUCCGAUGGCUCGCGCACGCUCAAGCGUGACAGCGAGGUGCAACCGGAGGCUGGACGGUCGUUUAUGCUUGUCUCUGGCGGAGCUCUAGGUGGCAGCACGCGCGUAAACCAGAUGCUCUACACUCGCGGUCUUCCCGCAGAGUACGACAUGUGGGAGGAGGCUGGGCGGAAGGGAUGGGGCUGGGAGGACGUGAAGCCAUACUUUCUCAAGUCGGAGCGAGCGUUAGCGGGUCGUGUGGAGGGUGUGCACAAUGAUACAGGGGAGUGGAAGACUCGGAGGAUGGGCGACGAGUACUAUUUUGCGGGCUUCAAAAAAGCGAUGGUGGCGGCGCAGGACAUUGGCCUCCCGUACAUCGACGAUAUCAACUCGCCUACUCAUCCGCCGUUUGGAUGCGCUGGCCUGCACUUCACGAUCGACGAGCACGCGCGUAGGCACUCGACGUACCACGCUUUCCUCCCUGCUUCGCUCGUCCGCCAGCGCGUGAAUCUGCACGUCUGUACGAACGCACUGGUGGAGCGCAUCGACAUAGAGAGACAGGAAGACGGACAUUGUGUCGCGCGGGGGGUCGUGUUACUCCCGGUCAAGGGGGGAAGUCUGGAGAAGAGAAUGUAUGUGCAGGCUGUCCGGGAAAUUGUGCUGUCUGCAGGGCCUUUUGGCAGCCCGCACGUUCUGAUGCUGAGACGUCUGAAUCCGCUAUUGUUCAGUGGAAUUGGCCCAUCGGAACAUCUCAAAGAGCACGACAUACCUAUCGUGAAAGACUUGCCAGCUGUUGGCUCCAAUCUGCAAGACCACUUCGGUGUGUCCGUUGGAUUCUCAAUCCCAUUACAAGACUCGCUCCUUUCCUCAGAGAAGCGACCCUGGCGCUUCUUCGUUGAAUUAUUCCGCUAUCUCAUCUGGGGCACAGGCCUUCUGCUCGGACCAGUCCUGCAGCUUGCGAUCUUCACGCAUAGCGGAUUGCUCGACAAGACUGGCCGGCCAACAAAACUUGAGAAGGCCUUUUCAGAAAGUGUUCCUGACAUUGAGAUCAUGCCUCUCGCUUAUAGUAGCUUUGACAAUCCUUCGCCGGUACCCAACGGAUCGUUUAGCUUUCUCAAUGUCCUCCUGCACCCACGCAGCAAGGGCACUGUACGCCUGGUCUCGCGUGAUCCACGCGUACCGCUCGCGAUAGACCCACGUUACCUCUCCGACAAGGCGGAUUUCGCACCUUUGCGUGCGUCUCUGCGACUCUCGAUGCGCAUGCGGGACACUAUGCGCGAGCGCGGCUACGAGAUGGACGACUGGGUAGUCCCUGCAGGCGAGCGCGACGAAGAUCUGGACGCGCACAUCCGCACAUACAGCCGCACGACGUUCCACUACACGUCGACGUGUCGGAUGGCGCCGGAGGGCGACUCUGAGGGCGGGGGCGUUGUGGACGACAAGCUGCGCGUGCAUGGGGUUGCUGCAUUGCGCAUUGCGGAUACGCGCCUGCAGUCAUGA